AUGCAAAUGGCAGCGACGGCGCCUAUUUGUGGCUGGGCCGAUGCCAAAUUGAGACGAGCCGACAGUUUCCGUCUAUUCGCGCCCUGUUUGCUCGGCGUCCAUGCGAAAUUCGCUGACAGUCGAGCCUUUUUGACACUUCAAGAGACCGCCCCGCCGUUUCCAUUUGCAGCUUUCCUUUUCCCUUCAUGAUCCCCGGAUACAAAAAGUCUCUUUGAUUUUUGCCAUCUCGUAGAUGACCAACGUUCAGUGUUCCCACAGUGAACCCUCUGCUGUUUGGAGGAGCUAGGUCCAAAGCUGCUUGGCUAAAUUCAAUAAAAUUAAAGAGAUUCAAUAAAAAGCUUGGUGUUCGUGUACUUUUGUGUUUUCGAUUUAAUGCCGUCUUCAAAGUAAUUCUGCGAAAUUCAAAAUAGCCUUCAGAAAAAGAGAAAGAUAACUAAAUUUUGGAGGGUCAGAGACCAUUUUGCAUUUCGCGGAAAUUACUUUGAACACGGCAUAAGAAAACGCUUCUUUUUGGUUUUACAAAAAAUUGGUCUAAGUUUAGACCCUUAAGAAAAUUGUUUUUCCCUAUCGGUUUUUUGUCUAGGAGCCCUACAUUUUUUUUUUCAUUAGUCUGAUUUUCAGAAUCUUCCAAAAAUACUUUUUUUGACGGAUUUCAGAGUUUACGUGCACUUUUGUGAAGGAAUUUAGAUAAAUUUGAAAAAGAAGUAAAUGUUUUAUUUGUACAGACUGUACAUCUUCCUGGUGGUAAUUUUUUGUCAGAAAAAAAGAACCGAGAACUGAAAAAUGGACCAAAUAAGAGCUAAGGCUUUGAGAAUGACGAAUUGAUUGGGCGUACAGGCCGCACGAGUUCCGUAAAUUAAUCUGUCGGCGCCUCGUUUGUUCGUUUAUUCCUUCCUAUCACUUCCUUCCCUUUCCUCUCAAAACGAAGCUUUUCUACAUUCUUUGUAUUUCAAUGAUAUCUGAAAAAUUUCAAUAAUAAUCUCUCGUCAACAAAAGCUGUAAGUAAGAAAAGAUAAUUAUAUUUUCUGUCGCUCGGAGAUGGCGUGGAACCUGAAAGAAUCGACCUUAGAAAGGCCUGUUGACGCCUUAAGCCGCUCGCCGCGUUUGAGUCUUUCUAAAGGCUGAAAUCGAGCGGAUCAAGCGCCAAGUGUGGUCCACUUGACGGCCCACGUACGUCCUGCGGGCCAGAUCUCCGUUGUUUUGCGCUUAUCACUCGUUGAUCGUAUCGUUUCUUCUGUUUGGUCUUCUCUAGCUUCUGCUAUCUUUUCUUGAACAGUUCUAUCGGCUUUUAUAUUCCUAAUCAUCACGAGACGAAGAAAAUCUUAAAAGUUUGUGAGCCUAUCAAAAUACUUCCUUCAAACUUUUGGACUGUUUAACAUUUCUUAGUCUCAAUGUUUCCGUCUGAAUUCGUAUUUUCUAACUUGACCAAAUUACUAUCGAAGACAAGGCAAACCAUACGAGAUUGAGGAAUUGCGGAAUCCCGUCGACGGGGGCUGUAAACAGUUUGGGAAUGACGGCGGUGGUUGCUCAAUUUGCAUGGGCCGCCGCUCGACGAUCCGUCUUUCCAAGGAGUUUUAUUCAUCGCGAUCCGUCCCUUUCUGUUUCAUUUUUGUGUCCUUCGACUUGAGAUAAUUGCCCCUUUUGUCAGAGACGAUAAAAAAAUUUCAAAAGAAACUUUUUAUUUCGAGAGUUUUUUCCGAUUUCUUUUCUCAAUGUUUUUGUCUGCGCCUUUUCGAGCUAAAAAUAUUUCUUAUUACUCGAUUUUUUGUUAUUUAUAAAAAAAAUUCGAGAUUUUGAUUUAAUCACUGUUGAGUUCCAAAAGUUGAAACUUUUCAGAAUCAGUCCUACGAAGGUUUCUGAAUGAGAAGUGACGCGUUUACAAAUGGAGAAUGGAUUUUCAAGGAUCAUUAAUUCUCCCAGGCUACCGUCACAAACGUCUCUCCUUCUUCUUUUCCGCAUUUGUCACGUUUACCUUGAGCUUUUCCUCUUUUUUGGCUAUUUUUAUAUUUGCUUUUCUUCGGCUGCUGAUUUUUUGUCCACUAUAUAUUCGAAAUCUGUAUUGAAGCUUUUACGUUAAACGAGUAGUCUAUUUUCAGCACAAAUCUGCUCUUUUUCUAGUUUGGUUUUCACCUACGACAUUCGACACACUAUUUUUUUAUUAUUUCUCUUGAAUCUCAGUGGAAUUUCGUCGUCCAACUUUCACUCGAAUUUUGAAUUGGCUUUUUGUUUAGGAUCAAAUGGAAAAGUGAUUGGAAACUGGCCAAAAUGCCGCCGACGUCGUUGCUGGACCUGCUGGCCCUGCAACACGACGAGAGCACCGCUCACGCCCUUCUCGCCAACUUCUGGAAAAGCGUCAGUUCUCCUUUUUUUGCUAUGAAAAAGACUAAAACCGAUGGGAAACCUAAUAAUAAAUGAAAAAAUUUCGACUUUCAAGCCAUGUUAUAUUUUUCGUCGUUUAAUUUGGAAAAAAUCGUUUCUUCUCCUUUUAUUUUUUCAUUUUUUUUUUUGAACUUUUUUGUUAAGUAAUGUUGCACAAAAAGAAUGGGUCUUUUUUUUUGAGGUAUGAUUUUUUGAGUUUCUUAGAUAAUAUUCAAUAUCAUCCACAGGUCCGUCGAAGAUGCUGAAUUUCAAUAAAUUAAUUAAAUUAGUUCGCGUUUGACUUCAGUUUAGCAAAGUUUUGAAAAUUUUUCCUGUUCUUUAAUUAUACUUUUUGGUGUUCACCUGAGUGAGAAAAGCGAAACCCUUUCCAAUUCUUAGGCAAAAAAAGUAUAGAAUUUUUUUUAAGUUUCCACAUAAUUUUCUCAAGUAAUAACUUACACAAUUUUUUCGAAAAGAGCACUACAUUUACUGAAUGACUUUUCAUUCUUUAGUCGAGGCGGAGAUUCCAUUAGCGACAGGAAAAAUACGACGAAACUCUCAUUUUGGGUUGCGUCGCUCGAGGGAAAACGAUACAAAAAAGCGCGAGACACUUGUAACCCAGUUCAGAGGAUACCUCAAAAAAUGGAGAUUUUCAUCGAGCCCGCCUUUUGCUUGCUUUCUCCUGUAUUUGCGUAAUCGCUCAGCUUGAACAUGUCUGGAAUCGCGACUUCCUAUGAGGACACUUUCCUCAGUUUCUUCGCGGUAACUUUUGCUUCUCCUUCUGCCGAAGCAAUUUGGCUGAACGUUCACAUGAACAAUAUAAUAGAUUUUUCUUGGUUAAAGGUUAAAACGCCCUUUUUAAGGAGACGCUGUUAGACUCGAGCGUUGUGGAGACGCAUGUGGUGAACCAGCCAAUUCUCGCAGCGACUUUGCUCCUGCUACUCCUUUUCGCUUGCUUUCUUUUUGCCUUCUCGAUAAUAUUUGUCAGCUGUCGAAUGGUUGGGAGAUGUGGAGCUCAAAGAUAUCAGGUAAGAAUCUUCGAAGAAGUUCGAAAUCUUUGGCAGGCUCACCCAACGAGCGGGAAACACUACGCCUUCCAUUUGGGUCUUUUCUCCGUCUCCUGGCUUCUAAUGGCCGCCGCGUCUCUCUACUUCGUUAUGUCGGGAGCCUCUUUGUGGAACCGUACGGCAGCCUCGCCACGACUUCCCAAGUUAGCAGCCAACUUCUCAACUGACUCGCAUCCACUCACCAUAUCGAGGGUCUGUUUCUCGAAGAACAAUAAAAAUGGCAUUUUCGGCAGAGAUUCAAACGAGAAAGAAGUUCUGGGGGCGUCGGGCAGCUGUUCGACGACCCCGACUACCAUGGCGAUUUUGAGAACGUCGAGCCGCCGUCGUCGCCGACGUCGCCUACGACGCUCCGCAGCAUUCCAAUUGUCAGUUUUUCCUUUCGAAGGACGAACUUCUGGUUAGGGUCCGCGAGUUUUUUUUUAAAUUUUGCGAGGCGUUUCGUGAGUGCCACUUUGCGUCGUUCCAAAGGAAAAGAGAGUCAGUUUUCAACAACUCUGAAAUGGAGCGCCAAAAGGGCGCCAGUACUCUUUCUCUGACAUACUGCUUCGUGUUUUCUCGCAGCUAGAUAACGACGGAAUGGUGUAUGCCAGCGAAAGAGUUGGCGCUCCAUUUCAGAGAAAAAGCGAUUCAAAAAAGAUUAAGUAUGAAAGGAUAAAAAGUCAAGAUAUUUUGACGACGACCGAAAUACAUGAGGCGACAGAUUUGUUUGUUUUAUUUCGCGUGCCACUGAAGCGUCAUAACUCGGCUUAAACUCCUAAUUUUUUUUUGAACUCAACUAUACAUAAUUUAAUUUUUUCGAGAAAUGGCUCGUGGUGCCUAAGUAAAUUAUGAUUGAUGGAAAUAAUCAAACAAAAAAAAACGGGAAAAACGAAAAAAAAGUAUAUUGUUUCAUUCACUUAGGAGCUUACAAUUUUCGAGACGGUAAAAAAGAAUAAUUGAAGAGAAACUUGUUCGCAGUCAACUUGCGUGGCCGCUAAUUUAAUUAAUGAGUUCCACCAAAUUUCUACAACAGCUUUUCCAGAAAAGAUUGAAACCGUCAACGACAGCUCCUAGCAGUUCAACAACUCUGAAAGCUCAACCAAUAGAAAUUCCGGCAAGACCAAAGGCAGAAGUCGAAUUUUUGCAGUCAACCAACCGACAGAACUUAUGGGAAAUUGAAGAGGACCAAAUUUCACAAGAAAACAACGACGAAUCUGUGAAAAAAGUUGGAACGCAUUCUUAUCCGAUGAUUUUUUCAUUCAGCUGGGACGUCUGAAACCAGGAAAUGACGUUUCGAUACCACCUAGUCCAUCUUUCUUCCUCACAAAUGAAUGGCAACUGAGCGAUACAGCAAAGCAAAAAAAGGUUUAUUUUUCUAAGGGUUAUCUAUAAUAAUAUUUUAUUGAUAAGAAACUGCAUUCGCUGUCCACUUCCAGCUUCGUUCCGGCAAGCAAAGUCAAACAGCUGUCAAAGAUGAAGGAAAAAGCUGUUCUGGACGUUGAAGACGCCGACCUCAUCAUUUCUUCCAGCGACCCAUCUGUCGAUGUUUCGGAAAACAACGACUAUGAAGUCAGCUCUGUUGACGGAGAGCCGACGGUGGUGCCUGUCUCUAAAGCCGAAGAGUCUGCAGAAUACAACGAGAAGCUAGAUGAGAGCGACACUCCUUCUCCGCCAAUGCUGUUGCAAAGCCACGAGAUCGAAUACGACACGACGUCGAUAGAAGACGAGGCGACGUCUCCAGCAUCAACCACGGCAAUCAGUCCAACGACAACGACUUUCGCGGCCCCUAGAAGCACUAAAAAAAUCGCUCAAACAACAACAUUUCACACAACUACCGAAGUAAUCACAACCCAACCUGAAACCACCACUAGAGCUUUGGAAACUUCAACGACAGAAGCUUCCACGAAAACUUUCUCGACUUUCGUGACCACACUUACCACCUCAACAACACCAUCUGUCCCAGUCAAGAAACCUUCAACAAGCGAGAUGAUGUACAAUGAAACGUUGGCCAACGUUUCUUGGCAGAUUUUAGAACCAACAAUUCGGAUGGUCACCAAAAAAGUAGGAUGGAAUAGCCUUUUCUGUACGUCAAAGAUCUUUCAGAUGCAGGAAAACAAGCGGAUUUUCCCUUCAGAAGAAGUUGACGUGAUCGACAGCUCCUGGAAGUCAAUUCAAAGCGUUUGUCUGGAUGCUUCUAUCGCGAUUCCAUCCGAUUUUAGAAAUCAACCAAGAAUCAGUACCCUUUCCGCGAGCUGCACACUUCGGGAAUCGUCUGGAUAAGCCGUUUGGCGUUGAUUUUCACCAUUAUCCUCAUCUCAUUUGUCGUCCUUCCCUCCCUUUUCUUCGUCAUUUCCGGUAAGUUUUCAAAACUGUUAUUCCUGGUCUUCAUUUUAAUAUUUUGUCCUAUUAAUCCCACUUUGAAAACCUUCAAACUGAUAUCUGUUAUCUUAUCAAACUUCCUCCAAGUUGAAUCCCUGGUUUGUAAAGAAUCCAUUGUCGAUUUUAAAAAGAACAAUUAAUCGAUUAAUCGAAGGAACCAUCUGCUACGUCUACAGCUACCAUCCGAUGGAUAGGUCUACUCUAUCGGACAAGGUCCUCUUUUUCUCUGUUGCGCCUAUGAACUGAGACUUGAAGGUAGGGCAAGCUCUGGUAGUUUACUCGGUGGUUCUGCUCUUCUCGAUUCCUUGUCUUCUCGUCUACGCCUCCUUCGCUCUCGUCUACACCCACUGCCACGAGGCCUUGUGUCCUUCCGUUCAACUACAGGUAUUGAAACAACUCAGAAACCUCCAAAGCUGCCUUUCCAGUAUCAACACCAAAUGGGACUUGUAGAAAACAAUCAGCAGCAACUCAUUGAACGCAACGUCAUCAACCAGGAGCAAUGCCGGAAAUCCCUUGCUCCUGUCGAGGUAGAGCACAAGAUCCGCGGAUCUUUCAUCGAGAGCUCUUUUCAGGGCUUGUUGCUGUCCUCGUUGCUUUUCUGUCUGUCAGCCAUGCCAUGUGUUUUUGCGAUGCUCAAGCUUUGCAAGUACUAUUUGCGAAUGAAGACCGAGUACUACUGGGCCAUGGGCGACAACUACGGGAUAAACGCCAAAAAGUCUCGCGACGAUCCCACUUUCCGGAGAAACCAACUCGUUCAGUUGCCACCACCAACUUACAACGUUUGUUUAUGUUUUUGCCUCUUGGAAUCGAAUCAAACACUGAAUUAAAUAGGAAACGUAAUCAGGCAAGUAAUCAGUUUUCAGGAAAAUGGGAUUUACGGCUCCAACGUCUACAACGAAGAAGACAUUUACGGAGCCUACGCAGUUUACGGGCGAAUCUAG